AUGUUUCCACCCAACAUGGCCAUGUUUUAUGAGAUACUAACGUUGGCCAUUGCUUCAUCAUAUGUAUUUGCAAUCUAUUUCGGACAACCAGCUUCUCUACAUAAUAAGGAUCGUGAUAAUUUGAAAGUAAUCAGAUAUAGAUUACAACGUGUUACUAUACUUUGUGUUGUACUCAUCAUCAUUAUUCCAUUGUUGAUACCUGGAACAUUUCGUGAUAAUAUACGACAAAUCGGUUUGAUACCGGGGUACACUAAUAGUGAAAGUAUCUCAGCCAAUUUUAUCAACAUUUGGUAUGCAUUAAAAUUUAUCAAUAUCUUAUUUGUGUCGUCGAUAUUUCAAAUUUUUGUUGAAGAUUAUCAUUCAACAUUCGAUGAUGUGUACACUACGCCCCUAAUUUAUCAUUUUAGAGACUACGUGUUUGCACCAAUUACGGAAGAGCUAAUAUAUCGUGGUUUGAUUCUACUCGUUGUGACAAAGACAUGUCCAAGUUUCAUCAAAUAUACACCAUAUCUAUUUGGUGUUGCCCAUUUCCACCACGCACUACAAUUGUAUUGCAAAGAAGCACUGAGCUUGCCACAAAUUGUUGUAUCGACAUUGUUUCAAUUCACAUAUACUUCAAUAUUUGGAUUCUUAGCCAAUUGGUUAUACCUCAAAACUGAUUUCAAUCUAUGGUGCCCUAUUAUUAUUCAUCUGUUUUGCAAUUUAUAUGGAUUUCCUACAUUGACUGUGGACUCAAAGAAAUGUGUGGUGCAUUCAAUCUACUACCUGUUGGUAAUAGGUGGACUUUAUCAUACAUACAGAGAAAUCGUUGGUUGA